AUGUUAACAAAGGCAUAUGGUGAGUCUGCUAUGAGUAAAACAAGGAUUUACAAGUGGUAUAAGCGUUUCCAAGAUGGCCGCGAAAACGUUGAAGAUGACGAACGACCCGGACGCCCAAGCACAUCAACAACCGAUGAAAACGUGAAAAAAGUGAAAGAAAUGGUUAUGAACGAUCACCGAAUCACAUUCAGAGAAGUCGCUGAUGAUGUUGGCAUAUCAAUUGACUCAUGCCAUGAAAUUUUCUCGGAUGUUUUGGGUAUGAAACGUGUGGCAGCAAAAUUUGUUCCAAAAUUGUUGAAUUUCGAACAAAAACAGCGGCGAAUGGAAGUUGCUCAGGAGUCACUAAAUGAAGUCAAGAACGAUGCAGAACUACUGAAACGUGUUAUAACAGGUGACGAAACAUGGGUUUACGGAUAUGAUGUCAAAACUAAGGCUCAAUCGUCUUAG